UCUCGUUGAGUGAGAUUAGGCAAGGUUUUGCUGCGCGUGCGUUGGUCUGUUGUGCGUUAGGCGUAAGGCAUAUUCUUUGCCAUUUGUGAAAAAAAUGUCACGCUAUUCGAGACCACCUAACUCAUCUCUUUAUGUUCGCAAUGUUCCUGAUAACACGAGAACUGAAGAGUUGCGCUCCCUGUUUGGUAAAUAUGGCCCGUUAAAAGAUGUUUAUGUUCCUGUGGAUUAUUUCACACGUCGACCUCGAGGUUUUGCAUAUAUCCAGUUUGAAGAUCCCAGGGAUGCUGAUGAUGCAUUGUAUCACCUAGACAGAACAAGAUUUUAUGGAAGAGAACUGGAAAUCGAAUUUGCAAGAGGAGACCGAAAGUCUCCCAAUCAGAUGAAAACCAAAGAGAGGCCGUCUAGUAGAAGAGGCAGCUCACCAUAUCACAGUGGAUACCGUGAUGAUUACGAUCGCGGUCGCAGGAGAAGAAGCCGAAGUCCAAGAUACCAUUCUAGGUCCCGUUCCAGAAGCCCAUAUUACUCGAGCCGGUUCCGUUCUAGAUCCAGAUCCAGAAGCCCAUAUUAUUCUAGCCGGCAUCGAUCAAGAUCCAGGAGUCCUUACAACAACGAUAGCAGAAGGAGAUCUCGCAGCAGGAGCAGGGGAGGAAGAGACCGAAAGUCUUACAGUCGCUCCAGGAGUAGGUCAAGGUCAUACGAAAGACGGAGAAACCCAUCACUAAAAAGAUCGAGGUCGUACAGCAGGUCGCAAUCACCAAUAUGUGUCAAAAGAGAAGCAUCCCCACGCUUCAAAAGGGAAGUAUCCCCACGCAAAAGCCGCAGUCUUUCACCGGAUAGAGAGUGAUCUUCCUUGACAUUCAUUUUUAUGUAUGAGAGACUGCCACGACAAAAAUGAUCAAGAAUGACGAGAGCGAUAGGAACAAACAGAAUACAAAAUGGUGUUGAUUUGCUACUUGUGAGGCAUUGUUAUGAAUCUGUGUGCGACUGACUGAAGUGUUGCCAUUUAGAACAAUGGGAUUAUUAAUAUCUUGGUAGAGACUAUCACAAUAUGUCCCAGUAUUAUAAUAGAAAUUUUUACUGUUGGAGGUUUUAGUUUACUGCAGACCAUAUUGGUAUCUUGGUAGAGACUAUCUCAAUAUGUCCCAGUAUUAUAAUACAUGUAUAGGGAGUUUUACUAUUGAGUUUAUGGGUCACCUGAGACCAGGGCUAGCUCUGUGUCUGAAUUCGGUUUUGUUAAAAAUAAUUUGCCUGUUAAAUGUUUCGCAGUGCGAGAACUGAAUAUCCCUUUUUAUUUUCAUUUUAAAUAAUAAGAAAAAAUGCAAAUGCUUCAAUCCAACACAUUCUGUAACUUUAAAAAUACGGGCUAAUAUUUUAGUUGAAUAUUGUAAUAUAUAAUAAUUGUUUUAAGACAUGUAUACUUUUUCGUUUUACUUCAAUUUACCUUUCACAUAACAAAGAACUUCAUUUAUAUCUUAUCAUUUAAAACCAAAAAUCAUUCAUGUAGAAGCAAUGGAAGAAAAGUGUGGUUUUCUUUUGAUUUUGAAUACUCAUUAUUGUGAUAUAAAAUAAGAAGCAAAAAUCAAGAAAAUGAGAAAGUCUUUAAUGCUUGCAAUAUGCUGAAGUACCCUCUUAUUAAAUGUUUUUUGUCCUGUCUGUGACAAAAUCACAACUCCAUUAUGAUUUUACUUUUCCAUAGGUGUCAUCUGCAACAUGUUGCAUUGAUGUCGAGAGUUUAGAUUCAUUGCUAACUUCAACCAAACUUGAUCUACAAUUAGAUCACAUAGUGGACAUCGUAACACAGCCUCCAUGUAUGGUAUACAAUCCAGAAUUUAAUGACCAGUGAAUCUGUUAAUAAGGUAUGCUGGGAAUCUGGACUUUUAAAGUUUGUGUUUUAGCUCAGUAUCAAUGUUAUUUCAACCAAACCUGGAAUUUUAGUUGCAUUUGUAGUAUGGACAUCUCAACACACCCUACAGAUAACAUAAUUUUUUGCUCUGUUUUUGAGUAUUUUGGGAAAUUGAUAUAGGAUGUUUUUCAAAAUUGAUUUCAAAUGUUUUAUAAUUGCUUCUGUAAUUGAUUUACAAGUAGGUUUAAAGCAAAAUAAGAAUUAAUUUGAUAAUAAACCAGAUGUCUUCUCACUUUUCGGAAAGAGUAAAUUUUUAGGGAAAUAUAUUUGGGUGGAUUUUGAGAAUUAGUGAUUUUGCUAAAUUUGAUCUUUGUUGUUUUGAUACUAUCAAGUGGUGGUUUUUCUGGUUGUUUUAGGGAAAAAAUACUGAGAUUUUAGUGAAUUUUAGAGGUUGCUUAAAAUUUACUUUAAUACUGACAAUGGUAACAUAAUUACAAGUAUUUUUUGUUGAUAUAAAUGAGACUUGUGUAAAUAUGUUUUGUUAUGAAAUCUGUGUAAAUGUAAAAGGUCUCCCUUUUUUUCUUAAAUAAAAGGAUUAUUACUAUUAA